AUGAUUUUAAUGGACAUAUACGAUACUGCGAGUUGGUGGACAUUGGUGAUUGCAGCCCAGGUGGUUAUCGGCAGCGCGUACUUCUUGUGGACUAAAAAGAAGAGAGAACCGGAAGAUAAAUUAACUUAUAAGAAGUUCAAUGAAUGGAAACCUUUGCCUCUGGUAGAAUAUGAUCUCAAAGUAGAUGAACCUCCUUUGAUGGGUAAAAUUGACGAAAAUGUUCUCAAUGUUGGUGCUACCAGUUUUCUGAAUUUUGAUAAGGAGCCUCAAAUAAUGGAAAGUGCUAUUGCAUCUCUCCAUAAAUAUGGUGUAGGAUCAUGUGGGCCGAGAGGUUUUUAUGGCACAAUUGAUGUGCAUUUGGAACUUGAGGAAAGAUUGGCAAAGUUUUUACAGGUCGAAGAGACUUGUGUGUAUUCAUAUGGAUUUUCCACUAUGGCUAGUGCCAUACCAGCCUAUGCUAAGAAAGGGGACAUCAUAUUUGCAGAUGAAAAAGUCUGGUUCGCCAUCCAAAAAGGCAUAGAAGCUUCCCGUAGUAAUGUUAAAUAUUUCAAACACAACGACAUGAAGGAUCUAGAAAGAUUACUCGAAGAGGGUGUUCAGAAGAAGGAACUGCAUCCAAAAAGACGCGCAUUCAUCAUCGUUGAAGCUAUAUACUAUAACUCCGGUAAAAUGUGUCCUCUGAGGAAGGUUGUGGAGCUGGCGAGGAGAUACAAACUAAGAAUUAUGUUGGACGAAAGUUUGAGUAUCGGUGUGAUAGGUAAGAACGGUCGUGGUCUGACUGAACACUUGAAUGUUCCUCGUGAUGAAGUGGAUCUCAUCAUGGGCUCGCUGGAACACUCGUUCGCAACCAUCGGCGGCUUCUGUGCUGGGACGCACUUCAUUGUUGAACAUCAAAGGCUAUCAGGAUUAGGGUACUGUUUCAGCGCGUCCCUACCACCGAUGCUAACACAGGCAGCCAUCAGCGCUCUGGAUAUACUUGAGACCAAACCAGUCGUGAUCAAGGAAUUGGAUGAAGUCUCCGUUAAAUUAAACAAGGCCCUCGAUAACUUGAAGCACUACACAUAUAGCGGGCAUGAAUUGUCACCAGUAAAACAUGUUUAUCUCAAAGAUGAUAUUUCACACAACGAUAAACAAUCAUACCUCAAGAAAAUAACCAAGUACUGUAUGGAGAAAGGCAUAGCUAUGACUACAGCCGCCUACCUCGUGGACCAAGAGGUGAAGUGUCCGGAACCUUCCAUACGACUGGCCUCAAAUAGAAAAUUAACCAAUGACAAUAUAAAGCAGAUCUGCGAACUUUUGGAUGAGGCAUAUGAAAAAGUUGGCCCUAAAUAG